GUGAUAUAUCUUUGUGAUUUUGUAAACUGGGAUUUCGAGUCGUCUUUCAAUAAUUUAUCGUUGGAAUUCUUAAAGAUGAAUCAAAACAUCAUUUAGAUGUAAUAAGAAAGCUGAAGAAAAUGGAGGACAGUACUAGAGCUACGAAAACAAACGUAGAAGAAUGUGGAAAGAGUGAACGUAUUCCUACAUUAGAAGAUUUACAAGACACCAUUCAAAGCGGCGCGAAAAAUCUAAAAGAUAAUUUAAAAACAAUAACAAUAAUAAACAAUUAUUGCAAAAUGAAGAAACCAAGCUACUUCAUGCAUAAAAACUUUCACUACAAAGAAGAAUUAUCAAGAAGAAUCUCAAUGAAAAGAGAAUACGGAUUUUAUAAUUAUUGUUUCAUUAGUGUUUGUAUUAGUUUUAUACUUGGUUUAUCAAUCGGUGUGGUUAUUAUGGGAUCACCACAAACUCAAGUACUAAGUCCUGUUAGUCCUAGAAAAGUUUUAAGAUUGAAUAAUUCCCGAGACAUAACUUCGAGAAGUUUAAAUUCAUUAAAAUACAGUAAUGGUGUUCGAACAAAUAAUGAAGUUGAAAUUACAAAAGAAAAAGAUUUAAAUAAAUUUUCUUCAGUCUCAUUUACUGGUGAAAAUGAGACCCAAAAGUAUGUUAAAGAUGUUUAUCCAAAAAGUCUGACGGAAGAUAUGAAAGAAAUUUUAAAAGACAACAAAAACUCUCAUCACAAACAUUCUAUAGCUAAUGUUGUUAGCAACAAAACUGAUUAUGUUCCAAAUGACAAUACCGUAUUAUAUGAAAACAUCUAUUGGGGAUCUGAAGUAGAAAAUUCGAUGCCUCAAGGUUACGGCGAGAAUACUGCAGAGAUUUGGGAAAGAUAUGUAGAACAAACUGAGGUUAUAAAAAUGGAAAAUGGCUGUGGCAGAAUGCAGAACCGUCUUGUAACAUUCAAAGAUGGAAUUCAAGCUUGCGUUCGCUACAGACAGAAUACGGACCAAAUUCAAGGAGAGAUUUUCAGUUUUUAUGUAGGAAGAUUAUUGAAUUUAACUAAUUUGGCGCCUUCUGUUGUUAAAGUUGUGGACUUAAAGGAUAAACUAUGGCAAAGUGUAGCUGGAGAUAUUUCUACCGCACAAUGGAACACUAACAGAGCUGUUGUGCUCACUCAGUAUAUACCCAGUUUAGAAUCGGCAACAAUUCCAGAAAUCUUCAAACCGUCUAAUAGACAUUUGAAUAAAAUUGACGUUUUAAAAAUGUCUAUAAAAGAUAACGAUAUUGGUGAUAACUCGAAACAAAUCAUGAUAAACAAACUAAAAGCAAAAAAAGAUAAACAUGUACAGAAAGAUAUUGAAGAACCUUUUGAUCAUAUAGACCUUAAGUUAACGAAAUCUACAAUUCAACUAUUCGUAGAAUUAGCGCAAUGGUCUGAUCUCAUAAUAUUUGAUUACCUAACAGCGAAUUUAGACAGGAUUGUAAAUAAUUUGUUCAAUUACCAAUGGAAUGUCAACAUAAUGGACGGUCCCGCGCAUAAUUUAGCGAGAAAGAUGGAUAGUGGAUUAUUAUUGUUUCUAGAUAACGAAUCCGGUCUCUUACACGGAUAUAGACUAUUAAAAAAAUACAAUGUGUACCAUAGCCUAAUGUUGGACAAUUUGUGUGUGUUUAGAAAGAGAACAGUAGACGCUUUAAAAUCUUUAUAUGAACAAUCAGUGGGUGUUAAACUUAGUGAAAUGUUUCAUAAGAAAAAUAAUGCGGUUAUUAGAGACAUAUUACCACCAUUACCUGAGAAAAAUGCGAAAAUUUUACACGAAAGAAUAGGCAAAGUGUUAAGUCAGAUAGAGAAGUGCGAGCAAGCGUUCGCUAAUAGAUAAGUUGUGUUGCUAAACUUGUACUGAAAUUGUAACAAAACGUCCCUUCCCUUUUUGUUUUUUAUACAUUUUGAAAUAAAAAGGCGAAUGGAUUUUUUUAACC